AUGCGCAGCAAAACCCUCUUCCUCGGAGUCCUAGGACUCCUCCUAUCCACCCCCUCCCUAGCCACCGACGUCAAAGACUGCCCCGCCAACAAAAAAACAGACCUCAUGAAAGCCGCCUGCGUAAAACAACUCCAAACCGAAAUCGAAGGCUUCACAGCCUGCACAGCAAUAUGUUCCCGUUUGGAUCCAACGAAACCAUACACCCCAGGAAGUCCGGAUAACUCCUACGUUCCGUCGAAUAAUAUGACCGCCGCGGUGUUCACUUUAGAAGAUUAUAAAGUUGCGGAAGAGGAGUGUGGAUCUCAUGAGGCGAUUGUUAAGGCGUUUGAGGAUACUUGUGGGUGUUAUGCUGAGGGGUAUUGGAAGACUGCUGGGUGUAAGGUUAAACUUGGGAAACCGGCUGUUGGUGGGACUGGGUCUGUUACUAGUACUGCGUUUCCGGCUGAUACUACUACUACUAAGGAGGAGGAACCGGCUUCGACGAGUAGUGCUGCUGUUGAGGAAGAUGAUGAAGCGGAGGGGACUAGUACGACUGUUGAGGAAGUCAUGAGUUCUACUAGCGCUGUUUAUGGCCGGAUUUCGACUUCUUCUUCUAUGGUAGAAGAUGAAAUGGAGAUUACAGAAACAACGACUCAUGCUAUGACUACUACUCACAAAACAUAUAUGACAACCACAGCACAUACGGAGGAGGACGAGGAUAAAUCUAUCCCCACCGAAGCCCCAGAACCUACUGGUAGAAAAUACGGUGACGAAGAGACUUCUUCUUCCGAUGGUACUCCUAUGCCAUCUACUAGGGGUUAUCAAGAUGAUGCCUCGACCAGCACUACGUCUACUAUGGAAGAAACUCAUAAGGCUAUGACGACCACAAAGCCUAUGACUACUACUUCCAUGAUGGAUGACAAGCCUAAGUACGUAGACGAGGAGACUACAACCGACAUGGAGGAAUCAAGUAUGAUGCAUGCUACUACUCAUGUUAAACCCAUGACUACUACUUCCUCCAUGGUAGACGAGAAACCCAAGUACAUAGACGAAGAAACCACAAGCGACACGAUGGAAGAAACAAGCAUGAUGCACACCACCACCACUCACGUAAAACCCACAACCACCAUGAUGGCAGCAACUUCGAAGCAUACCACUACAUCCCACACUGAAAUGGAAGAAUCUUCAUCUCGACCAGUUUAUGGAGAAGUUGAAGAAACAUCAACCGAAGUACACGAAUAUACUACCCCUUCUCAUACUAAAGUUGCGUAUAUUGUGACUUCUAGUUCUAGUGAUGAAACUAUGAUGAUGGAAACUAGUACUAUGAUGAAACCGGUUACUACGCAUCGUGGGUAUUAUAAUGAGGAAACUUCUUCGGAGGGAAUGGAGCAUACGUCGUCGUCGCAUUCUAUGAGUUAUUCUAUGGAGGCUGAUACUACUACUAGUAUCAAGCCUACGAAGGCUUAUUAUCAAGAGAGUUCGGUUGAGGAAACUACUACUGAGGCUCCACGGGGGUAUACUACUCCACCAGCUAAAUAUGAUGACCAGGAGACUUCUACUAGUUCAAUGGCUAUGGAGACUGAGUCUGAACAUCAUUAUAAUAAUCAUACAACGCAUGCGGCUACGAGGGCUCCUGUGGGUUAUAGCACUAUGGAAGAGUCUACUAUGGAGGAGUCGACUAAGAUGCCCAUGAAGUAUACUACUAUGGAGGAGUCGACUAAGACUCCCAUGAAGUAUACUACUAUGGAGGAGUCGACUAAGACACCUAUGAAGUAUACCACCAUGGAGGAAUCUUCAGAGCCAGCGACAAGUUCUACAGCCAUGGAAGAAUCUACUAAGCCGCCUAUGGCUUACACCAGCGCAGCUGAAACCAAAACCGCCAUGCCCUACCAAACUACGUCUUGGGCCAUGACAUCCAAAGAACUUCCUACGACUACUACAAAACCCAGUGCAACAAUGUUGACUAUGGACCUAUGCGCACAUCCCACAGAUCCCUCGGACAGUGGAGACGAGCCAAAGGGCUAUGAACCCCCCACCAGUCUUGACUUUGGAUGUCUUUCCCCCUUGAGCGGUGCUUCCAGAGAUAUACUUUGCCAGGAAGCAUCGAUGACUUCGUCGAAUAAUGGCAAAUGGGGUCAACUCAAUGCAAAACCUCUCAAGGCAUACCAGGAAGGAUAUAGUGCCUGCGGUGAACAAUUACCCCAUAUGCUCAAGAAAAUUUGUAACUGUAUCGAUCCGGAAUAUACUGGUCUUGUUCCAACAGACAAGCCGACAAAUCUGGUACCAGAAACCCUGCCACCGGUAUGUGCUGUCAAACCAUGUCCUAACAAGGAUAAAGUACUGCCAAAGAAUUGUUUGAAGCAUAUCGAGGAAUACUCGAUGGAUCACAAACAAUCGCUAUGCGGUAUGCUAUGUAAUAAGAAAGAAGGUGGGGUUGAUUUGGAUCCUAAGGAUCUGAAGUAUUACUGGACUUUCCAUGAUAGAUGCGGAACACACGAGUCUUUCGUGACUGCCUUGACACAAUCUUGUGGUUGUAUUAUCGAGAACUUUGGCAAUGGUACGACUUGUGUCUAUCCACGCACCGGUCCGAAGGAAGAUACCAGGUCUCUUACGUCCGAGGCUACGACAUACAUGAAGUCUACCACUUCAAUGGUCUACACAUCAAUGCCGGUUUCUUACACUGCUGCUCCAGUCUAUGGUACUCAGGAACCUGACAUGACCACCAGCACUGCCCAACCAUCCACCACCGUCCAGCCUCCCAAGACUUCUAUCCCCGCUCAACCUCCCAAGAAAGCUCACGCUGUGGAAGAGUGUCCCAAAGACUAUGAGGGUAAAGGCGAAUGGCCAUCCGGCAACUGUCUUGACGAGGUAUUCGGUACCAAAGAAGGUCUGGCUAUCGCCGAUAUGAUCUGUAACAACCAAUGUGCCGAUUUCCAACAAACGGAAUGGCCGGCUACACAAAUGGAAAGCUACAAAAAAGCUCUUAUAAAAUGCAAGACCCCCAUGGCGAUUACAGAAGCACUUGCAAAGGGUUGUGGUUGCUUGAAUGACGGUUGGGUCGAUAGAUGUCGACCUCAGUGUCAUCCACCACCUGGGUUUACCACCACUACUAUGAUCAUGAUGCCUCAGACUUCAGCUCAACCUAUGAUGACUACAACUAGCAUGGCUCCUCCUCCUCCCAUGCAAGAUACAACUAUGACGGCUUCAUGGACAACUACAACAUACGUCACCAAACCAUGUAAUGAAUGCCAGCCAACCACCAUCGUAACCAUGGUACCUUGUUCCGAGACAAAACCCUCUACCACAAGUAUGAUGGCCAUUCCCCCCACAGAGACAACUAUCCCAAUAGUCUACUCAGCGGCAGAAACCCCCACAAUCUCCAUCUGGACACCAGAACCAUCCGCCGUCCCCGCUCCAAUAACCUCCCCAACCUCAUGGUCAACAAUAACCUACACCACCACCAAAUGCGGCGGUUGUCCGGAAACCACAGUAACAACCACAGUACCAUGUCCCCAAACCCUAAGCAAAGUCAAAACCGACGCCGCCAACGCCGACCUCUGCACCACCCACAACGAAAUCCCACAUUGUACCGUCCCCCCCGGAAAACUCGAGGGUAAAGCUUACAACUCCAACUGCAACCAAUGGUAUCUUAUCAAAGAAGGCGAUACCUGUCUAGCAGUUGCGGAUAAGAUUCCGGUAGAUAUGGAGCUUCUUAAAGCGUGGAAUGGGAUGCAACCUACGGAUAAUUGUACUUGUACCACUGGACGGUGGCUUUGUGUUUCUUUACUUAAAGGGGAGGAGAGGAAUGAAUCUGUGAGGUAUGCGAAGGGAAGACCGACUUAUUCUGAUUAUGGACCGGAGGCUACGAAUUAUGAUAAUCUUCCGAAACCAUCGCCACGGCCGUAUUUGACGGAGCCGAUUCCGACGGCUGAGGUUACGCCGGUUGCGUAUUCGUAG